AGCUCCAAUGUUUAGUAGCAUUUCGUUUAACGGUCGUAGAGCUGUGUGGGCUUUUAGAAGGCACGCGGACUUUUAAAGAAAACAAAUAACGAAGUACAUAGCUUGUAAAAAAAAGAAUAAAAAACUACAUCAAAUGCGUCAACAAUAAUUAUCUAAAGUCUCGUGCAGUGGGGAAGGCGGGUCAAGUGUAUCUGUCUAUCUGUUGAACAUUAGUCAAUAGCCAGCCGGGUUGUUGAAAAAAAAAAACAGAUAAAUAGUGACGCGUAUAUAGAGUCAGUCUGAUUGGUUUUUUUCGGAGGUUCAUGAGUUGAAACAAAGAAACAAGUAAAAAAACAACACACAAAUUUUGUUUUUGGAAAUACAGCCAAAAUUUUUGAUUUGGUUUUCGGAGAGAAGUAAACAAACCCCUCAUCACAAUGGAGCGUAUCUUGCGGGGCAUUAUGCGCUAUCGUAAUACAACACGUGAGCAGAUGGUUAAAGAGUUUCAAAAAGUUCGCGAUAACCCAGAACCCAAGGCCGUAUUUUUCACCUGUAUGGACAGUCGAAUGAUUCCCACCAGAUAUACGGAUACACAUGUUGGUGAUAUGUUUGUGGUACGUAAUGCUGGAAACUUAAUACCACAUGCCCAACAUUUUCAAGAUGAACACUUUAGCUGUGAGCCGGCAGCCCUAGAGCUGGGAUGUGUGGUGAAUGAUAUACGACACAUCAUAGUCUGUGGUCAUAGUGAUUGUAAGGCCAUGAAUUUAUUGUAUCAACUAAGGGAUCCAGAAUUUGCUUCAAAGACCAAUCGCCGCUUAUCACCUUUGAGGGCUUGGCUUUGCACCCAUGCCAACACCAGUCUGGAUAAAUUUCUUGAGUGGCGCGACUCCGGCAUGGAAGAACCCCUGAUAUUUUCCUCUGAAACCCCUUUGCGUCGUUUUGUCGCCUACAUUGAUCCGGACAAUAAAUUUGCCAUUGAAGAUAAACUUUCACAAAUUAAUACGCUGGAACAAAUGUCCAAUAUAGCCUCGUAUGGCUUCUUAAAGAAACGCCUGGAAUCGCAUGAUUUACAUAUACACGCCUUAUGGUUUGACAUCUACACUGGUGAUAUUUACUAUUUUAGCCGUGGCUCCAAACGUUUCAUUGCCGUCGAUGAGGAUAGUGUCGAGAAGCUAACAACGGAGGUGCGUAAAUUCUAUUCCUGAAAAACUAAGGCGCGGGCUGCCAACUGUUGAUAGCAGUAAGAGACUCAAUUUGAGAAAAUGAAACAACCAACCAACCAGGCAUGCAUUUAUUUAUUAACUGUGAUAAAAGUGGACACAGGUCGGUGGAAGCGAGUUGUAAGGACGUGAGAGAUGGUUUUAAAAUUCUUGAAAUUUGGUUUAAAAGGAAAAAUUUUAUUGAAAUUUUUAAAAGACAAAAUUUCAGUGAAAUUUUCUCUACAACUAAAAUUUCAGUAAAAUUUACAAAAAAUUUUCUCUUUAGACAAAGUUUUAUAAAAACUACACCCAAAGACUCGAUUUAAGUAAAAUUUAGUGCAAAAAAGUUUUCACACAACAUUAUUGAAAAAAAUUUCAUUCAAAAUUCUUAAAGGCAAAAUUUUUUUGAAGACAAAAAUCGGCCAUAUUAUUCUA